AUGUCGCUUGAUGUUUGUUCUUUGAUACGACAGAUCGGUUGCUGCUUAUGGUUUGCAGUCAAGGUCCGAGGCAAUGAGAGCUGCAGGGGUAUUCCAGACCCUGGAGGCCAAACCUGCGCCGCCGAAGCCCUGCAAUAUCAGCGGUUUGAAACGUACAAAUCAUCAAGAAGCAAGGAGACUAUUGACUCAAUUUCUUGCAAUGAUGGGCGAUCGAUGGCAGGUUGGCGGAAGGGGGCACUGCGUAUCCGUCACGUGGAUGCUUAUCGAUAG